AUGGAUAUAGAAUUAGAAACCAAAGGAAAUGAGAAAGAUACAGUCGUCUACUAUCACGACAACUUUGAGAACUACACAGGUCAUGUGUUGCGAGUAGCAUCAGCCAUAAGAGCCAAUUUCUUGAGUCCUUCUCAUUGGAGUAUCGGCAAGAUCAUGAAUGCUUCCAUUGCUUCAGUUACGUUUGUCCUAGCCAUUUACAGCUUGGCAUUUUCGAUCAAGACAACUUUAGAAGAAAAACACAGUCCUUACGAAAUGGCUUCUCAACUGAUGAUUAUCGCCUGGGCCAUUCAAGCUAUUGUUUCAAUGGCGUUUUUCGUUUAUUGGCAGCUUUUUGGUCAUCUUCAUUCUUACAAUCGUCAUGUUAUGGGAUGUCAACAUGGUGCAGGACUUGCUCACGGGAGCUACCUCAUCAAGUCCAAUAUUCUCUGGUUCUACCUGAUUCUUGUAUUGGAAGUAUCUGUUAUUCUGUUGUUCGAGGUGAAGUUCUACGCUGAAUCUUCUCACUCAGAAUUUGUGGAAAAACGAGCGCACAUGUUUUACUUCAAAGAACUACGACUGAUAAACACUGUCGUAACCCUUUACACCUAUCUGACUUGGCAUAUAAGUAUGUUUUUGUAUAUCAUGUAUACGAAUACAGCCUUCAUUGAAAUUCGUUACUUCAAUCAGCAAGUCUCUGAGUUAGAUGGGUCUAGUCCCAAUGUGGAAAAUGAGCUGAUCAGAAAGUUAGAAGUUUACGGACGUCUUGCUGGAGUAGUUCGAGAACUGGACAGAAUAUUUAGACUGUAUGCUUUCAUCAUGCUUCUAGUCAUCAUUCCUUCUGUUAUUUUCACUCUGAUGAUGAUGAACCAAAGAAUUCACAGUUUCCAAGAUUUGAUCUUGUGUUUGCCAUCGAUAGCCUUGUGUGCUUAUUCCUUCCUAGGCAUUACUAUUGCUCCAGCUCGUCUACAUGAUGAAAUAAAUCGAUCCAGAUCUUGUUUAUUUACAAAUCAGUCCAUAUGGUUUCCAUACCGAAAAGAUAUUUAUCAAGUGGCAACGACGCUGUGUCAGCAUAUGGAGCAGUACGAUUUGGGUAUUUCCAUCUGGGGUUUCGCAAUCGUAUCUCGGCCUUUCAUUUUAGCGACUUUCUCUGUUAUGGCAAUGGUGUUAUCGCUGUUGAUAGAGCUUUCUCCUCAUCCUACUCUGCUUCAUGAUACACAUAAUGUCACAAAACUUUGA